GAUCACGUCUGUGCUUUUUAAGUCGUAAUUGUACGUUAUGAGUGAAUGUAGGACACGUUCAAAACAAAAAUACAAGUUUAUGGACAUGAACCGUGCUCAUCAUCAAAAUUCAAAAGAAAAAAGGAACGAGAUCGAAAGGUCAACGAAAGCUAUGACAACCUAACAGCCGAUGUAUGUGCAUACAGCUAAAUUAAGAUAAAAUAAUUGGCUAUAUCAUUUUUUUUCCAGUAUUCUUGCUGGGGCAUGUGUCUGUGGGAGGCCUUAAGCAGGAGAGGAAGGGAGGAGAGAACUGGGACUUUUUUUUUUUUUUUGCUGCUUCUUUCAGGAGUCGGGAGCUUGAAAAUGGGACUGGUCGCCAGGUCGCUCGCUCUGCUGUGUUUGUGCUCGGUGGGAUGGUGCGUUCCCGCCGGAACGCCGCAACCGACGCAGGCGUCUCUUGCAGAUGCGAAAAAGUCACGAGGAGAUGUCCCAGACAUUCUUCCGGCGUCGGAACUGGAGCCCACCAACACGGCAUCGGACUUUGAAACCUCCUACAACUACGUUUUGUCCAGACUGGCUGGGAUGGACCGGGCCAUCCACAGUCUCAACGUGGGCCACUACACCCUGGAUGUCACUGUGGCCCAGCUUAUGGCGCGUCUGUCCAGGAUGGAUGCCAAGGUGGCGGAGCUGGAGGACAGAAUCCGGGAAGUCUACCAGCACAGCAAAGACAACCGCAAAGAGACCGGAAGAUUGGAAGGGUGCCAGAAGGGCCAGCGGGUGGGCUACAAAUGCUACCUGGUGUACAACAACCAGGAGGACUACGCCGGUGCGUCCACAAAGUGCCUGGAACGCGGGGGUCGCAUGGCCAUGCCACGAGACCGCCGCGAGCAGGAGGCGCUGGCCGAUUACGUCAAGUCCUUCUUCCAACCGGGCAAUUGGCCCGUGUGGCUCGGCGUCAACGACCUGUCGACCGAGGGCGUGUACGUCUUCGACGACGGCACGCCCGUCUCCUACUUCCAGUGGCGCAGGCACUUCCUGUCCGGCCAGCCGGACGGCGGCAAGCGCGAGAACUGCGUGGCCAUGGCGUCGGACGACGGCGAAUGGUGGGACCACUACUGUGACAGGGCCAUGAACUACGUGUGCGAGUUUGAUGACAGGGUGGCGCUUUAGAUCAAUUCCCAGAUCUCCAUUUUAACCAAAAACUGUACACAAAUAGGCAGUCACCGAGGUCACUACUCUGUGGGCCUUGCCUUACAAAUACGACGGCAAACACAAACAUUUCAAAAUGAGUUCUGACACCUCCAACUGAAAACAAUCAUACUAGCAUCACAUUUUUUUUGUACGCAUACAUAAAUUUUAUUGGAAGUAAACUGUUAAUGAUUUUCAUUCUGCUGCUGUUCGCUUUUUACUAAGACAGGAAUCGAGUCUUUAAAUCACCCCACUGGAGGAAGAACGACAAAUUUGGGUGCGUUUUGUCAUUGUUGUUACACUUUUGGGGCACAAGAAGUCGGCACCUUGGUCUAGCUAGAAAGAAUGGUCUGGAAUCCUAAGCACCGGUGAUGUCACGGGGCGGGGUUAAGGAUCUUUCUUACGGGUCUGGCUAUGAAAGCUGGCACAUAUCCAGAUUUAGAAAAUGUUCUUUAAUU